AUGGAAAAUUAUCGCCGCGUGCGACAGCCUCGCACUGAUCUGCCCCCGAUCGCCCCCGAUGAGCUGCUCGUCACCGCCAUCAGCAACCCCGUGGAGAUGGCCGGCAAGGGAGUGAGCAUGCUCGAGGAGGAGCACCCCGCCAUUACGCUGAAGGCUAUGGGCCAGGCCAUCGGCAAAGCCGUGUCCGUCGCUGAGAUCCUGAAGCGGCGCGUGGCGGGGCUGCACCAACUGGUGGCCACCUCCACGGUCGCGCUGACGGACGUGUGGGAGCCCACGGUGGAAGGCCUGGAGCGCAUCGAGACCACGCGCUACGCCUCUGCCAUCGAGAUCACCCUGUCCAAGACGGAGCUGGACACCUCCAAGCCGGGGUACCAGGCGCCGCUGUCAGAAUCUGAUGUCCUGAGCAGCCCGGAGGGCCUGGCAGCCCUGGAGGCCAGCCUCGUGACCGAGCACCGGCCCAGCAGGGGCCCGGGCAACCCCCGCAGCAGGAGCGGACGGGGGCGCGGCAGGGGCAGGGAUCGUGGUGGGCGGGGGCCCUCGGAGGAUGCUGCGGAUGAUGGCUUUGCGCAUGGCGCUCCGGAGCCAGAUGCCAACGGCCAAGCGCCGCAUCCAAGGCCACGGGGACCCCGCAGCGGCAGGCUGCGUGGAGUCCGGCCUCAGGGCGGCGCAGGGCAGCCUCGGACGUCGGAUGCGGAGCCCACGGUGACAGAAGAGGCCUGA